CAAUGCUGGCGCAAUUGUUGUUACGUCAAUGAUUAAGCCAACACAUUCGAUGGCUGAUCGUUUCGAUUUUAUGCUCAAACAGUACCGGAAACUGGCCGGCGGAGGUCAUGUUGGAUUCGAUAAUGCCACAUUCCUGUCAGAACGUGACACUGCUGACCGAAACUACGCAUUAUCGUAUUACAUGAAAGAGUAUCGAUGCUUUCCGGACGAAUCUCAGGUCUAUGAAAAGGCAAAGGGACUGCGUGAAGAGCUUGAUCUCUACUUCCAACUGUGCUCACUGGAGACCAACUGUGACACGGCUGCAGUCAUGGCCGCUACGUUGGCAAAUGGUGGAAUCUGUCCGUUGACGACCGAGAAGUGUUUGGGAUCCCGUCCGUGUCGUGAUAUUUUGUCGCUGAUGUACUCGUGCGGAAUGUAUGAUUAUUCAGGAAAAUUCGCGUUUCAGGUUGGACUUCCAGCCAAAUCCGGUGUCUCUGGUAUCAUGAUUGUGGUCAUUCCAAAUGUGAUGGGAAUCGCACUCUACUCGCCGCCACUCGACAAAACUGGAAAUUCGUGUCGUGGAGUCGCGUUCUGUCGUCAGCUCAUCGAUAAAUUCAACUUCCAUAAUUAUGAUUCGUUGCUCCAUCCUGAUGAUUCAAGGAAAAUCGACCCUCGUAGAAAGAUUGGACCACGAGAGAAUGAGACUAUUGUGCAGGUUAUGUACGCUGCAAAGAAUGGAGAUUUGGAUUCCCUCCGCCGAAUGUUCAUGCAAGGAGCCGAUCUCAAGACUGCCGAUUAUGAUAAUCGUACGGCGCUCCACGUGGCAGCCGCUGAGGGAAGAAUCAAAGUGUGCAAGUUUUUGAUCAAUAUUGUCGGAAUUCCACAUGACGUUCGCGAUAGAUGGGGCCGCUAUCCACUGGACGAUGCCCGCCAGUUCAAGAAUAAAGAGGUCGCGCUCUACUUGUUCCGUCUCCAAUAUCCAACAAAGAGAAUGCCGGAGAACUGGUUCGAAGUUGGCGGAGAUCUUCUCGUUUCGGAACUUGAACCCGAUAACUCAAGCGUCGAUGACGGAGAAGCCGAGAGCUCUGGAGAGGAUGAGCUUGGAAAUGGAAUAACUGGAAUGUUGACUGACGAUUUGGAGAAACGAGAGUGGGCGCUUCAUGCUAAUGGAAAUAUGGAACAACACCAAACGAGACCAUUUUUAGGCGAAAUCAACUACCAGCUUGUCAGAAGGAAAUCAUCAAAAGCUCCACCGACGCCCGACUACAAGCCACCGCAAUUUGGCUACGGUGCUCUUCCAGUUAGCAAGUACCAGCAGCAGCUUCAACUUCAGCAGCAACAGCAGCAAAACGAAAAGAAAGCCAGCCAAGACAAGCAUCGUAACAUCAAUGGGCAUGGACAUAUGAAUGGCAAUGGAACUCACACAAACGGCAAUCAUCAACAUCACCAGCCCCACCAGCUCCCGCAAAACAUUCCACAUCAUAUGCUGCUCAACGGUGCCGCCGGAGGGCUCAAUACGCGGAGGCUCAGCUCGCCGAACGAGCAGGACGAGGAUAAUGUGCGUAGUUCUAGCUCGCAGGAACUGUUGAAGUCUCUUGAUGUUUAGGACAUCGUUGUGGUGCUAGUGAACCGACCAAUAGAGAUGUUAGACAAGAAAAGAAUUAAUAAGGAUCAACACAUCGACGUGGAUAGUGUCUAAAUAUAAUACGCAUUUUAUGAUUUUUUUAAAAUUUCUUCAUUCUUUUAUGUUCCCGCUUUAUCAAGAUAUUUGUUACCCGGCUCCCUGUUACCAAAGACUGAGUAUCUUCUGGAUACCACCACACACCCACCCAAUUCUUUAA